AGUGGGGGAGGCGGCGUGGCCGGCCCCUGAGCACGCCGCGACCCGCCCGAUGCAGCCGCGGCCGCAGCGUCAGCCGCUCCUCAGUUUAGCCGAGCGCCCGCCGCCGCUCUGCACGUGACGUGGUGGCAAGAGAACAGAGGCGCGGCAUGCGGCGCUCUGCGACGCCUCCGCCUCCGGCAGCGGCCCGGCGGCCGGCCGGCGCCUCCCUGCCCGCUAAGCCACCUGCCGCGGGGACCACCAGGCCGGCUACCAGCGCGGCACGCAGGUCCGCCACCGGUCCCGUCCGCGAAACUAACAGCAAGGCGGCAGCCGGUCCAUCCUGUCCAAAGACGAGCGCCGAUAAGCCUCCCUGCAGGACCGGCGUCGCUGAUAGGAAGCCGGCAGCCGGCGCGAGGCCUUCCGCGCCGUCACCGCCGUCGAGAGCCGCCGCGGUCAAGGCCGCUGGGGCACCUGUCGCUGCCGCCGCUGCUGCCGUGGGCGUGGCCCCUAAGGGUCCGAUGCCGAGCCCUCCCCGCAAGAGGUCCCGCGUGCAGACGCCCUCGCCCGUUCCUCAGGUGGUGACCAGUACGCCAUCAUCUAGCUCCGCCAGGGAAAGGAAACGGGUGAUCGCGAGUCUGACGCGAGGUGGUGUCCAGCCAGUGCGCAGCAAGCCGGCUGGCGGCAGUCAGGACACCGCGAAGAAGCAGAAGCAGCAGCCGGCGCCUCGGCGGCACCAGCUGGUCCCGGCGUCUCCCGCCGUCCCAGUGCGGAACCUACGCCCGAGGGAUCUGCCGCCCAACACAAGGAAGAAGCCGCCCGUUCCUACCGCCGCCUCCUCCAGGAGCAACCUCCGCGGCCGCGCGCCCACGCCCAGACACGCGGCGUCUUCGGCCGGGGGCGGCGCGGGCGGCGGCGCCGGGCCCAAGGGCGGCGCAGCGGCCGAGCCCUCGGGGCCCAGCAUGGUGGACGUCGAGGGUGGCUCUCUGGCCCUGCAGCAGCAGCAGCAACAACAGCAACAGCUACAACAACAGCAGCAGCAGCUGGCCGCGCAGUACCAACAGGUGGUCAGCGAGAAGGCGCGCUUGGAGGCGCGCCUCGCGGUUCUGCUCGACGCCGAGCACGAGGUCCAUUCUCUCAGGGAGAGGCUCCAGGAACAGCAUUCCACAAUGGAACAAUUGAGAGCAGAAAACGUGUCCUUGCAAGCAAAGCUCCUGAGUGUUGCACACUCACCUCUCUCAGACUCCGAGAAGCAACAACUACUCCUUGGAGCUCGACAGCAUAGUUCUGCACCUGCAUCUAUGGUUGCCAGUGACCUACAACUACCAGUGGAGGAUACAGCAGAUGCAACAAUACCUGAAACAUCUAUUCCAUCAUGGGACAGGCAGUCAGCUUCCAGUGCCAGCCAACUGUCUGUUGCAUGUUUACAGGAUCGUAUCCAACAAAUGGAAGAGACUCACUAUAGCACCAAUGAAGAGUUGCAGGCAACUCUUCAGGAGCUUUCUGACUUGCAAUCUCAGCUUCAGGAGCUGCAGGCUGAGAAUGAACGUCUGGUUGAAGACAAGCACAUUCUUGUGGAAUAUCUGUGCCAGCAGUCAGAAAAGUUGGAAGACAGCCGGAGUCAAGCUGAAGCUUUGCAGGGAAUGCUGCUGCGGGGUGGACCCGGUGAAGUUGUCCAUGAUGACAGAUUAUUAGACCUCCUCAAAAUUGCCCAGGAGAAGCGAGAUUGCCUCUUAGUUAAACAGCAGGAAUUAACUACUCAAGUGGCAGAGCUACGCCAAGCUACAAAUGUUGCCCAGGAGGAGGCAGCUCAGUCAAGAGAGUCAGCACGUAAACUAGAGGCAACAUUAGAGGCCGUGCAAGCAGAACGGCACACGUUGGAGCGCGAAUUAGCAGAGGUUCGACAGGAAAGCUCGUCACGUCUCAUUGAAUUGCAGAGACUCACCACACUGUUAGAAAAUGCACGAGCGAAGAUUGAGGAGUUAGAGACAGCUCGUGAGUUGGAAGACAAAUCUGAUGUUGAAGAAAUGUUGGACAAUGUCAGGAAAGAGAAGGAUACACUAGAGAGCCAAGUAGCGACAAUGCAGGAACAAGUGUUACGUGGCCAGUGUGAAAUCACUAGGUUGGAGGAACAGUUGAUGCACUUGCAGGAGGAGUGCAAGGUAACUCGCAAUAAUGCAAAGUCAGCACUUUCUGAUUUGGAAUACAAAUUUGAAAGUCUUAAACAAGAAAAACAACAACUGUCAACAGAAGUGCAGGUCUUGCAGAAAUCGCUUUCUGAUAUUAAGAUGCAAUGUCAGUGCUAUCUAGAUGAUAAAGAGCAACUGCAGGCAGUUUUAGCAGACUGUCAAAAGCACUUAAGUGAAGCUGAACAAAAAUUGGCUGAACAGGAAAAAAGUCUUGAAGAAGAAAGGAGGUUACGGCAGCAAGAGAGUGAAGAAUGGCAGCAGUUUCAGACUGAUCUGUUAACAACAGUUAGAGUUGCGAAUGACUUUAAGACUGAAGCAAGUGAGGAGCUGAAGAAGCUGUUGGUGGAAAACAAAAACUUGAGGGAUAAGGUGCGAAACAUAGAAGCACAGCUGGAGAAGUACAAAGCAGCCACGCCAAAACCACCGACUUCAGCUACACUGGGAAUUAGAGUGCCUACUUCAGCCAUGCAAGAAACUGGCUGUCCGACAUCUACUGUGACAAAUAGUGUUCCACAGGAGAUAACAUUGAGAGGCAGGGAAAUUGGAGUUUCUCGACAAGAUAGCCAGAUUUCUGUCAAAUCUCUGAUAGAGAGCAUCGAGAAUGCAACCAAACAGGCAAAAGGUCCACGAAGCCGAAGUAGUUCGACAUCUAGUCUAAGCAGCAUAACAAGUGAAGUGAGGACUGCAACAUCAACAGGCAAUCCAAGUAUGCCACAGACACCAAACUUCACUCGUAGGCAUAAUUCUGAAACAGAUGCUGUGUUUUCUGUGAAGACGCCUCUUCGGGAUCAACAACAGAGCAAUAACCAAACUGUUGGAAACAAUACAAACAAUAUGAAGGCUUCACAGAAUAGGAGAAAUCUAAUCACUGACAACACAAACAGCAAAGCAAAUCUCUACAAUGACAGCUUAAAGAAUAACAAACCAUUGGGAGAUGUGGUACAAGCUAAUCCAGUGUCAAUCCUGGCCAACAAAACAAUGGAUUUUGUGAGGAAAAACAGUUGCAGUGAUUUAAGUGAAAGAAAAGAUCCUCUUUCAGCAUUAACAAAAAAUGGUGGCUCGAAGCGCAAUGCUCUCCUGAAGUGGUGCCAGAAUAAGACAGUUGGCUAUAAAAACAUUGAUAUCACAAAUUUUAGCAGUUCAUGGAAUGAUGGGCUAGCAUUUUGUGCUAUCCUUCAUUCAUACUUACCAGAUAAGGUGCCUUAUGACACAUUGAAUCCAAGUGAAAAAAGGAGAAAUUUUUGUAUAGCAUUCGCAGCAGCUGAAUCUGUUGGCAUUCCUACAACAUUGAAUCUGUCCGAAAUGAUUCAGCUGGAACGACCAGACUGGCAGCAAAUAAUGGCUUAUGUCACUGCCAUUUAUAAGCAUUUUGAGACGUGAAAUUAACUGAAAUGCAUCUUUUUAUUGUUGUUCAGUGUUCUACAAAAGGAGAUAUUUUAAUUCGUGAUUUUAUAUAUGAAGGCUCAAGAAGCAUCUUUUCUGUUUUGGCUGUUGUAUUAAUGAAUGUCUUGGACAGAUUGAGAGAUGUGACAUUAUCUGGUUUGAGGUGUUUCAGAAAUUUGCUUCUUGUGAAAUAUUGAGAGAACAGAGUUACUAGUGACUAUUAAUUGAUACUAAUGUAUUGUCCAAAGGUAACAAACAAGUAAUUAUUCACAUUCCAAAUGAUUAAUGCAGCUCAGAACAGUGUCUUCAUAUGUCAAAUGCCUUCCCCCUCCCCAGAAAUAAGGGAGCUUUGGACUUGAAUCUGGAUGUACAAAAGUGAGAUUAUUUCUCCUCUAGUGCUCCAUAGUUAAUGAAACUACUCUCUGAUGAUAGUGAACAAGUAGCUUAAAAAGCAGCAGUUAAGACAUUCUUAGUAGAUCUGUUCUGUUUGGUGAGUCUUAUUAGAGAACACUCAGCAUCACUGUUUUACUUAGUUUAUUUAUUGUGUACAUUGAACGAGUGCAGCUGCUGAUUGAAAUGGAUACAAUAUAUUUUUAGGAACUGAAUGUGUGUGUGUGUGUGUGUGUGUGUGUGUGUGUGUGUGUGUGUGUGUGUGUGAGAGAGAGAGAGAGAGAGAGAGAGAGAGAGAGAGAGAGAGAGAGAGAGAGAGAGAGAGAGAACCAGUGAGGUUUUAGUAAUAGUAGCAUAAUAUGACAGUAGAAUCUUCAUACAUUCAAAAGCAGCUAUAUUUAUAUUAUCUAGUCAUAAAAUUACUGCAUUUUAUAAAUGACUUAUAUUAUUGAUGUCAUUUUAACAGCAAGUGGUUUUUAAACUGUUUCCAUAAAUGUGUAUGUAAAUAAUGUAUUGUUGGAUGUAUUGAUUUAAGAAAUGAACUGAUGAGAACUAUUCAAAGAACUGGGAAUUCUGUAAAUUUUGAUAAAGGCAAUAACAUAGGUGAAAAUGAUAUUAAAUCUGCUUCUGUGAGUAACAUCAUUUUUAUUACUGAAGUGGAAUAUUAUAUCAUUCUAAAACUGUUCCAUAUUUGUGUGUGCAUCAGAUUUGUGGCAACUUAUCAGCCAUUCUCUCGGAGCAUUUUGUACAUUUUGUAAUGAUUUGUAAGUGAUGUACGAUGAAUGACUGAUCAGUGUUCGGUUUAUCAUCGGUCUCAUUCAUGUAAUUUUUAUAUAUGAAAAAUUAUUUUGAAGGACUGUCUUGUAAAGUAUCAGAACUUCAUUUGUUUGUCUUGAGGGCUAGAAGUAGUUUAUGUAACAUGCUUCCAUUUAUCUGUGAACAUACAUUGUUCACUUUGAUAAGAAGAAAACCAUUGCUUUAGUGUACUAACUGAGAAAUGAUUCUCCACUCUGCAUUGUUUUGCAGUUUCUUUGAGUUUCACAAUAGGCGUUAAUGUGUGUUGAACAUGCCGUUCAAUACUGUACACUUAAUUUACUUCUGCCUGUAGGUAGUUUCUGCACGUUUUAUGGCUUUUCAGUGAAUGGAGCUUAAGCAGUAAUAUGUACAAGCAGUGCUAUAAUAUGCUACAGGUUGUAUACAGUAGGUGGAAGCAGCUUGCUCUUCUAAAACUGCCUGUAGUAUUUCUUUUAGUCCAGAGAUAAACAGAUUUUUCUUCUGUUUGUAAUGCUGGCUUGGAUCUUUCAUAAUCCAAUCUAAAGGAGCUGAUAACUGCUCCCUUGCCCUCAAGAAUGCCUGAAAUGGAUCACGUAUGGAAAAUGAAAAGAUUUAAAUAUGUUGUAGCUGUUCGAUUUUCAAAGAUUUGUUGUGAGUUCCUAAACUACAGAAAGAUAUUUUAUAGUAGUUUGUUUGUAAUACAUGUAUUAAAUUGUAAAUAUACUUGUUAGUCAUAUGUAUUAUACACAAAUAAACAUAUACUGUAACAGUCAUGAUACAAAAACUGUUAAAUGUGACUCCAAUAUUCCUUAUCAUGGAAAUACUCUUCAUUGAAGUCGUUAACGAUGUCUUCAGUACCUCGAACUCCAAAGUUCCAAAUAAAAAUUGUUCACCUCUG